CGAAUAGAGCUUCUCUAAUAUAAAGUUAUCUUCUGGUGUUGUAGUUGCACAAAAAUAUGGCUUUUGGUGACCUCCUGGAACAGGUGGGCAGCACAGGACGCUUCCAGAUCCUGCAUGUGACCCUCCUGUGCAUACCUGUCCUAAUGAUGGCCAGUCACAACCUGCUGCAAAACUUUGUGGCUGCCGUGCCUCCUCACUACUGCAGCGCUCAUUCAAAUGUCUCUCAGAAUCAGCUGAGCCCAGAGGAUAUGCUGCGGAUCACAGUGCCGCUUGACCAAAAGGGAGCACCACACAGGUGCCAGCGUUAUGCUGCUCCACAGUGGCAUCUCCUGGCCGAGAACGGGACCUCCAAUCCAUGGAAGCAAGGAGGCGCUGAGGAUGAUUUGGAUGUGGACAUUCAGGGAUGCACAGAUGGAUGGUCCUAUAACAUGACUGAGAUGAGCUCCACUAUUAUAUCUGAUUGGCACUUGGUUUGUGACAUGCGUUCUUUGAAGCAAAUGGGACAAACCGUCUACAUGGGAGGUGUGCUUGUGGGGGCUCUUGUCUUUGGAAGCCUUUCAGACAGAUAUGGUCGACGCAUCCUCCUGCUCAUUUCUUACCUGCUCAUGGCAGUGUCAGGAACAUGUGUCGCUUUCUCGACCUCGUUCUCCCUAUUCUGCGUGUUCCGAUUUGGCUGUGGUAUGGCUCUGUCUGGCCUGGGACUCAACACUUUCUCACUCAUUGUGGAGUGGAUCCCCACUCGUGUGCGAACUAUGGUGGGAACAUUAACAGGCUACUGUUAUACCGUGGGACAGCUGAUCCUGGUGGGCAUAGCCUAUUUUGUCAGAGACUGGAGGUGGUUGACCCUGGCUGUGUCGUUGCCCUUCUACGUCUUCUUUCUGUACUCAUGGUGGUUUCAUGAAUCCUCAAGAUGGUUAGCCAUAAGCAACCAGUCUGACAGAGCUGUCAAGACACUCCAAAGUGUGGCUAAAUUUAAUGGACGCCGUGAAGAGGGAGAAAAAAUUGACAUUAAAAUGCUUCAUGAAUCCAUGAAGAAAGAGAUGUCUUCUUCACAUGGCACCUACACUGUCCUUGAUCUGUUCCGCACACCCAAAAUGAGGCUCAUGACAAUCUGCCUCAGUGCUGUCUGGUUAUCAACCAGCUUUGCCUACUAUGGUCUCGCUAUGGAUCUGCAAAAGUUUGGGGUGGACAUCUACUUAAUACAAGUCAUCUUUGGCGCAGUUGACAUCCCCGCUAAAGUUAUCAUAACAAUCUCGAUGAGUUUUGUUGGACGUCGGCCAUCACAAUGUGGUGCUCUCAUCUUCGCUGGAGUCACUAUUUUGCUCAAUCUUCUGGUGCCCUACGAUAAACAGACGAUACGCACCUGUCUGGCUGUAGUGGGUAAAGGCUGUCUUGCUGCAUCCUUCAACUGCUGCUACCUUUAUUCUGGAGAACUGUACCCAACCAUCAUUCGUCAGAAUGGCAUGGGAUGGGUGUCCAUGAUGGCCCGUGUAGGAGCCAUGGUGGCCCCAAUGGUGCUCCUCAUGGGGGACUCCAUUACUUGGCUUCCAGGUUUAAUCUACGGAGGAGCUCCAAUCCUCACUGGGGUGGCUGCAAUAUUUCUCCCAGAAACACUUGGCUCACCCCUUCCUGACACAAUACAAGAUGUGGAGGACAGGGGAUCUGGGACAAACUCCAAAAUGUCACCAAAGGAAGCGAUAAUCUUGCAAGACACCCAGGCGAAUCUCCUAAAGCAGGCUGCCUGAGGGCAUUGGUAUUAUGCUCCUGAUGUUUUUGCUGACAUGUUAAUGAAAGUAGAGUGGGUACUGCUUUUUUUCCCCCCUGUGGCCUGUUUAUUUUGAUUUCUGUAAAGAGUUUAUUUUAUGACUGCUGGACAAAUGGUGUUGCAAUGUUAUUUUUGGACAGGUCAAUACAAUGAAGUGAAUGCUACAGACAAUCAGAUCUAUGUUUAUUUGAGAUACAGUAGUUUUAAGUCUCACUUCAUACCAAUGAUGUUUUAUAUUUGAAAUAUCUCUGUAGAAUAAUUUCUAUAUUUAAGCCUUUGACAGGCUGAAGACCGUGCUUUCACUAGCUUUUUUUUUAUAACUUCGUUUUCCUUUAUAUAAAUAUAACCUUUUAUUUGUAAACAGAAAUGUACUGUCAAUAAAAUCAGCACCUAUCUUUAUUCCUA